UUUCCUUCUAAAUUUUGGGCAAAUUCUCCUUCAAAGGUUCCAAGAAUUGAACGACAUGUCGAAGCCCGUGUUCUUCUCCCUCAUCUUCGUAGCUUCCCUAUUCCAUCUCUCUCACGGAGAUGUCGGCAGUGCAACGUUUUACAACCCUCCCUAUUCACCCACUGCAUGUGGCGGGGGCGACCUCUCGCAGUUUCCGACGAACAAUCUAUUUGCGGCGGCUGGGGAGGGGAUAUGGGAUAAUGGUGCGGCCUGCGGAAGAAAUUACCAAGUUAGGUGCCUGAGCGCGACGGUGCCAAAGGCGUGCAUGCCGGAUCAGAUUAUUCAGAUCACAAUAGUGGAUCGUGCGGCGACGGCGGUGUCGAAGGCGGCCAGCGGCGGGAGGACGAUGGUGCUCUCGACGACGGCGUAUAAAUCCAUCGUUCAAGGAUCCACCUCCUUCGUCAACAUCGAAUAUCGGGAGGUUUGAAAAUUGGUGAAAGCAGAUGAGAAUAUGCAUGAUGUACGAGUGUAGGUUUUGUGUGGGAGUGGUCCAAAAUGUACAACUGUGAGGAAGAUGAAGUCCACGUGUUCGGUUUCCGCCAUUGACGCUUACACCUAAUUUCUUCUAUAUACUUUUUUAAUUCAAUCCCCCGCCUCUAUUUUUACUCUACUACAUUUUUACUAACUGUAUUUUGAAUAAUAAAACAAAAUAAAGCAAUAUCUUUUUACAUAUUAA